AUGGCGUACCUGUGGAAGACAGUUGUUUGCGUUCUCGGCUUUGUGGAGCGAACUCAAGUCGCUGUUGGUGUUUGGCGUUAUUACUUAGGCCUGGAAGCUGGGAAGCCCAAGGUUUGGACUCCUCCUCGACGAAAGUGGAAGUCAAAAGAGCGGCCUGCUGCCGAAGGAGGUGCUUGGGAGCAAGGCAUGGAAGUGCUGCUUACAGAGACGAGGAUCGGAUCGAGGAGGGCUGAUCAGAAUCAACCAGGCAUUUUUGGCGAUCUGACUGCGUUUCAGGACGUCUUAAUGGACCGCGUCAAGACGCGCCAAGAAGUGUCUCGUGAAAGUGCAGCGCAGUCUGUGGCCUUGCGGCAGGCUCAGAGCUCAGACGCGAGCCAGCAACACAGUGCAGGCCACAGACUGCCACGAGCCGCGCCUCCAAUAAGUCUGUACCAGGAGAAGUCUGCGGUGCCCCAUCCGGCGACCACGCAGGCAGUCGUUGGUCGUUGCCGGUGUGCUCUGCCGUGCGUAACUCGUUAGAAUAGGCCUUCGCUUUAGGACGCCGCGCAUUGGUUGCCACACUGCAUCAGACAUCGCUGCACGGCCGAACGACUCUGCGUUCCUCCACAACGUGUCUGAUAUCAUGCCAUAGUACGUUCCAUGCUUCCUCAUACUGUGUCCUCGGCUCUCUGGACC